AUGCUGCAUAUCACAUUUACCGUUUGUGUGUUCUUACAUGUCCUAGCCGUACACGGUUUCAUCUUUAAUUUCAACCAAAAUCAGCAUCAGCAACAGCAGGCACAAGAAUCUUUCGAAGAUAGAGUGCUGAACAAUAAUUGUCCUGAUUAUCUUUGCCCUGAUACUUUAGAAUGUGUAAAAUCUGCCAUAGAUUGUCCAUGCCCUUAUCCAAAAUCGCAAUUAAAAUGUAUCCUACCUCAUCAAGAUAAUUAUAUUUGUAUCUCAAAACCUGCUAUACACGAUGUAAAGAUAAAUGCCAUUUAUGACGAUCCAGUACGGGGACCAAAGGCCCACAACAAAGGACUAAGAGAUUGUGGGUGGGUGAAUGAUGUAUUUCAAGGUAAUAUGUAA